GCUCUGAAAUGAAGAGUGUGAAGUGUGUGGUGGUUGGCGAUGCUGUGGGAAAGACCUAUCUCCUUCUCACCUUCACCACCAAUACCUACCCUGAGGAUUUUAUCCCAACUGUCUUUGACAACUACAGUUCAGAGAUCACAGUGGAUUCCAAAUCCUUCACCCUUAACCUGUGGGACACUGCAGGUCGUGAGGACUAUGACCAAUUGCGUUCCUUAUCCUACCCCCAGACAGACGUCUUCAUCAUAUGUUUCUCCAUCGCUUCGCCAGCCUCUUAUGAGAAUGUCAAGUGUAAGUGGUAUCCUGAGGUAUGUCAUUACUGCCCCAACGCACCCCUCCUGCUGGUGGGCACACAAAUGGACAAACGAGAAGAUCCAAGCACUUUAAAAAAACUAAAGGAGCAGAACUUGACUCCUAUCACCAAACAACAGGGGGAGGCCCUUGCUCGAGAAAUCGGUGCUACCAAAUACCUUGAAUGCUCGGCUCUAAAGCAAGUUGGAGUGAGAGAAGUGUUCGUGGAGGCAGUCCGUGCCUUCCUAAAUACAAAGCCUGUGCCUCAUGAAAAAUCCUGUAUUUUGUUAUAAAGAAAUACGAUAAGAUGACCAAUCCGUGCUUUGUCCACAGAUUAAUUAUUUCGUAAAAGGGAAGACUAAAACUUUAUUUUUUAAAUCAGAAACCAUGUUGAGUGUUCUCAUUAACACUCAACAUGGUGUCUGUUUAUGCUCAUUCAACAGGUUGGAUACAAAUCCCCCACAAAUGUAGUGAUCUGCAGAGGUGAAGUAGCCAUAAAGAACCCUAAAAAAAAUCAUGUUUUUUGUGCAUUAUUGAGACAACUGCUAAAAAUGAUAAAAUGAUGAUUUGAUCUUCAGUUUUGGGUAUUUUGGUCUCUACCCAUUUCUAAAAAUCAGAUCCUGAUCUUUUGUGAAUGUAAAUAACUGGCAGGCUGCAUUGUGGAAAAGGCUGAUGAGUAAACAGACUUCCUUGUAAGGACUUAGGUUUAAAUUGUGGUUGUGGCUUGUGUUGUGAUGAAUCCCUUCCCAUGCAAUGCUGAUUGGCCACUGCUCAGUGAAACUUGCAUAAAAUUUGAAGAAAAAACAACAACAACAUUUUGCUGCCUAUUUCGCUUCAUUUUUGUUUAUCCCAGCUUCCACUGAGUGGAACUGUUGCCAGUGAAAACAGCAAGAGGAAAAGUGUUUCAGUGUAAAUGCCACACUUGAUCAUAUAGGGUGUCUUCAAAAAAAGUAAAACACCUGUAUACAAUCAAAAUCAUUAAGCAGAAGGAAUGUACGAUUUUUGUCCUAAGCUGUGGAUUCAGUUGAAUUGUACACUUUAAAAUUCUUU